GCCGCCGACAGUCACCAGUAGACCAUCAGCGAUCAACUGCAGACCAAGGUCAGCAUGGGGUUGGCGUGCUUAUCUGUAGUUGAGUCGACGGGCAGUGCAGUUUCAGACUGCAGCCCAGCUUUGGCCGCUCAAGCCAAGCAACUCGAAGAACGAAUCAACCACGUAGCCGCAUCCCUUGGCGACAUCAGCAAGUUUGUCGGGUUGUCUACCGUCAGCAAUCAGCUACAGACGCUCAGCGACCGCGUUCAACAACGAACGACCGCCGUCGUCAAGGAAUGGAAAAUGUCGAACUUCAAGAUAGAGAAGUUCGACGACUACCAUAAGACCGAUCCGCUGCAAUGGUGGAUGGCAUUCAACGUGGAGGCAGACGUACAUCACGUCCCACCACUGCGGCGGCUUGACGCGCUCUACCUCCAGCUCAUCGGAGGGGCACAAACAUUCAUGACUCACAUGGCCGUCACGUUGGAAUGCACCAUCACCACCCUCCACACCAAGAUAUCUUGGGAGGACUUCGAGAAGAAGUGGAAGACCCAGUUCAUGGUCAACAACGACAAACGUCACGCACUGAACAAGAUCUUCCGCAUGUUUCAAGGCCAGCAACCAUCAUGGGAAUGGUUGAGGGAGUGGCAAAGGCUUGUUGCCACCUCUGAGUUGAACCUGCCUUUCGACUCAAUCCGGGCCGAGUUCUUCACCCUGUCUUGCGACGCCUUGACAAUUGCUUUUGGCAGCGAAUUUCAGUAUGAGACCUUUGAAGAGAUGAUCUCAAAGGCAAGGGAACUCAUACAAGAGGAGCUUCAAGUGCUUCGGGCACAACUAGACGACAUCUUGGCCAAGGGUUGGAUUCACGCUAGUUGUUCGCCAUACGGUGCUCCCGUUCUCUUCGUCUGGAAGAAGAACAAGGACCUGCGUUUGUGUAUCAACUAUCGGAAACUUAACGCGCAAACGAUCAAGAACGCCGGCCUUCUCCCGCGGAUCGAUGAUCUCCUCGAGCGACUAUGCGGCGCCAAGUACUUCUCAAAGCUUGACCUCGAAUCCGGCUAUCACCAGAUUGAGAUCCAGCCAAGAGAUUUGUACAAGACCUCGUUCAAGACGGGGUAUGGGCACUUCGAGUGGAUCGUCAUGCCUUCCGAUCUCACCAAUGCCCCGGCUACUUUCCAAGCGGCUAUGACGACGGAAUUCCGCGACCUGCUCGACCGCACCCUACUCAUUUACCUUGAUGAUAUCUUGGUUUAUAGUCGGUCGCUGGACGAGCACCUCGAGCACCUUCGCGUCGUUUUGGAGCGGCUCCGUAUCGCCAAGUACAAGGCAAACCGCAACAAGUGCGAGUUUGCCCACCAUAAGGUGGAGUACUUGGGCCAUUACGUUACGCCGCAAGGCAUUCGUCCACUCCUGGACAAAGUACAAGCCAUUCAAGAUUGGCCAGACCUCGCGUGUACUACCGACGUCCGCUCCUUUCUCGGCUUAGCAUUAUACUACAUGCGCUUCGUCAAGAGCUUCCAUCGGAUCGCUGCACCAUUGUCACGACUUUAGUCCCCCUUGGUGCCCUUCGAGAUCAAUGGCGAAGCCUGGCACGAGU